GUUUCCUUAGUCAGCCUUAGAUUUUCCUCUACCAUCUUCUCUCAUCAUUAUACCUUCUUGUUUACGUGAAAGAAUGAAGCCAUAGUCUCCUUUUUGCCACUUCUGCUAUUAGUAUAUGUUAGUGACCCAAUAAAAUAUACACUUCACUUUUGUUCCUCCCACUGAGAUUUCCCUUUGUCAGAUCCCAGAAACUUCAAACAUUCUUAUUCCAUUUUCAGCAAUAUUUGCUGUCAGAUCAGAAAACCGUGUCCCAAAAUGCAGAUUCUAAUGUGGGUUCUCAAGCUUUUCCUCAUUGUAAGCUUGCAACCACCAAUCCUAGCACAAGCCCAGAAGGAUGUUCAGGCAACAGCAGCAGCAGAAGCAGCUGCACCAGCUUGUUUUGAGGGUGAUAGAGUUGCUCUUCUUGGGUUCAAGGCUAGAAUAUUUAGGGACACUACCGACAUUCUAUCUUCAUGGACAGGCAAAGAUUGCUGUGGAGGGGGUUGGGAAGGGGUUGAAUGUGACCCUGCAACAGGAAGAGUUAUUAGGUUGAUCCUGCAGAGACCAGUUGAUCAAGGGUUGAGCAAUUUCAUGAAGGGCAUUUUGUCUCCUACUCUUGGUAAUUUGCACUUCUUGGAGGUAAUGGUAAUAAGUGGGAUGAAACGCAUUGCAGGGCCAAUUCCUCAAAGUUUCUCAAAUCUCACUAGGCUGACUCAGCUUAUACUAGAAGACAAUUUUCUGCAAGGAGACAUCCCUUCCAAUUUGGGGCAUCUGCCCUUAUUGCAGACACUAUCGCUGAGUGGGAAUAGAUUGACAGGGCAGAUUCCUCCAGCAUUAGGGAAUUUAAGAAACCUUCAGCAGCUAAGUUUAGCAAGAAAUUCCCUGACAGGUCCUUUUCCAAUCUCCUUCAAGAAUCUCAUCAGCUUGCAGUCAAUUGAUCUCAGUUAUAAUCUUUUAUCAGGAAACAUACCAGAUUUUAUGGGGCAGUUUAGAAAUCUGACAUACCUUGUUCUUACAAGUAAUCAACUAUCAGGCCAGAUACCAAUCUCUUUGUGCAGCUUGAUUAAACUCUCAGAGUUGUCACUCGGCCACAAUAGGCUUGUAGGAAAAAUCCCACCCCAGAUUGGAAAUCUCAAGUCUCUUGCAAUUCUGUCAUUAGUUUCUAACCAGUUAAUAGGUCAAAUUCCAGAAUCAAUUGCUCAGAUGCAGAACCUGUGGAACCUAAAUCUAUCAAGAAAUUUGUUUGCAGAUCCAUUGCCCAACACCUUACCUAGUGGUCUUCCAUCUCUGUUAUCACUGGACCUUUCUUAUAAUAAUUUUGAUUUGGGGACAGUUCCUCAAUGGAUAAGAACCCGGGAACUUUCCAGCAUUUAUUUAGCUGGCUGCAAGCUUCGAGGGACUCUCCCAAAUUUCACAACCCCUGAUUCAUUAAGCUCUUUAGACCUGUCAGAUAACUAUUUCACUGAAGGUAUUUCAAAUUUUUUCACAAGGAUGACAACCUUGGAACAGGCCAAGCUUUCAAACAACCAACUGAAGUCUGAUGUAUCUGCAAUCAAAUUGCCAGAUGGACUUUCAUCAAUUGACCUCCAUUCAAACCAACUCUACGGUUCUCUAUCAAGUAUUCUAAGCAACAAGACAAGCAAGUUUCUGGAGGCUGUUGAUAUUUCAAACAAUCAAAUUUCGGGUACCAUUCCUGAAUUCAGCAAUAGCUUGAACCUGAAAGUGCUCAACAUGGCAAGCAACAAACUUACAGGUUACAUUCCCAAUUCGAUCUCAAACCUUGCUAAGCUUGAAAGAUUAGACAUUUCAAGGAACCAAAUAGGAGGCACAAUCCCAACCAGUUUAGGAUUGUUGCUCAAGUUGCAGUGGUUGGAUUUGUCCAUCAACACCCUUUCCGGGAAAAUCCCUGACAGCUUGCUACAGAUUCAAGCGCUGAGACACGCAAGCUUCAGAGCCAACAGAUUAUGUGGUGAGAUCCCGCAAGGAAGACCAUUUAACAUCUUUCCUCCAGUAACUUAUGCCCAUAAUCUGUGUUUAUGUGGCAGGCCCUUGCCACCUUGUAAGGGAAAGAAGUGAUAGGAAAGGAUGGGCCAGUACAAUGCUGACUCGAUCAAUGAGGAUGAUACAAUUGCUCAAGCCAUGUUAGCCUUGCAUCAACAAUCAAUUUCAGUUGUUUCUUAAAUACCAGUCAAGAUACACAUUCUUCUGUAUCUCACGAUAGAAUCUUUACUCAAAGAACUGAGUACUUGCUCCUAUUAAUUCAAAUCAAGAAAGUUCUUCUCUUAUUUUAUC